UGGAAAAUUGAGGACAAAGAGGAUUUUUUAAAUUGCGAGAGACCUGUGCCUUCUCUCAAAAUGGAGAAAAUGGGGAGGGCAAAAGACAAAGUGUACGUUCGGAAGUUUCGGAAUGAAUGGUAUUCGGAGUAUAAGUGGUUGUGUGGAAGUAUUUAUUUAAAUAAACUUUUCUGUAUGCCGUGUUUAAUUGUGAGUGUAAAGUCAAGCGUGUGGAAUAAGGGGGGAUUUAACAAUUUUGGGAACGUCACGCGAGGCUGUCGUAACCACGAAGGUUCUUUGGAACAUAUACGGUGUGCAUUAAUGUUCGCAGAAUUAAGAAAAAACCUCAGUACAAUCGAAGACGAUUUGACGGACAAUUCCAGGCUAUACAUUAAACAGUUUAACGAUAACGUCCUUCUAAAUAGACGGUUUAUGCAAUUACCUAUUCGUGCAGUUAUUUAUUUAGGUAGACAAGAGUUGGCAUUUUGGGGCCACAAUGAAUCGGAGUGUUCGGACAAUCGUGGCAAUUUUAUGGAACUUUUGGACAUGUUUAUAUCGAUAAGCCCUGCAGACAUUCAAGAGCACUAUAAGAAGAUAUCUUCUGUUUUUUCUGCUAAUUCUAAGACAAUUGCAAAUGAGUUAAUAGAUUGCAUUUCGGAUUAUAUCGAUCAGUAUGUGGAUAAAGAAAUCGAAGAAUGUAAUUAUUUUUCGAUUCAAGUGGACGACUCGACGGACAUUGUACAAAAGCCCCAGUGUAACAUAAUAAUUAGAUAUGUCAACAGGGCGGGAAAGUUAGUUGAAAGAUUUUUGGGCUUUUUCAACGUCAGUUCUGACCGAACAGCUGAUGCUCUUUUUAAUUUAGUAACAAAACGUAUUGAAAAAUAUGACUACCGUUCAAAAUUAGUUGGACAGUGUUUUGAUUGGGCUAGUGUAAUGGCAGGGCAAGUAAAUGAUCUCCAAUCAAAAAUGAAAAAUGAGGCCCCACAAGCCGUUUUUGUACAUUGUGCAGCACACCGUUUAAAUUUAGUUCUACAACAGAGCUGUAAUAAUAUAUUAAAGUGUCGUAUAUUCUUUGCAAAUGUAACUGGUUUUCCCUCAUUUUUUCAUCAUUUUGCAAAGAGAACUCACAUAGCUAAUACAAUCAUCAAAAGAAGAAUACCUACCUCUGUUUUAACAUGCUGGACAUCUAACUCAAAUAUUGUGAAAGUUAUAAAUAAUGAAUGGGAUUCUAUAAAAGAAGUAUUUAUCGAAAUUAUUAAUGACAUAACUUCCGAUCAAACAUCAGUUAGGCAGAGUACGGCCAUCUUGAACCUGUUUAAUGAUUUUGAAUUUGCUCUCUUAAUUGGCAUUUUUAGCGAAAUUUUUUCAAUUACUGAUAUUCUUUUCGAUAUGUUACAGAAACACUCACUAAAUAUCAAUUAUGGUAUGUCACAAACACAAAUUAAAAAUACCCAGGAACUUUUAAAUGAAAAAAGAAACGAGAAGAAUUUUAAAGAAAUAUUUGAAUUAGGAAGCAUAAAAGUGCCAAUACCAGUUAAUUAUCGUGAUGGACAAAAAACUUUAACAGCCGACGAAAUCUUUGAAAAAUAUAAAAUUCUCUAUUAUGAAAUUUUGGAUACUAUCUCGGGACAAAUUGAUGUACAAUUUAAAGACUUGGAUAAAAUUCAUUUUAUUACAUUAAUGGAUACAACACGAUUUGAGGAGUAUUCAAAAAACUUCCCCACAGAAGCAUUAAAUAAUUUAAACAAUUGUUUCCCUAAUAUUUUCUCUGACUUACCAAGACUGAAAAAGGAGUUAUAUUUUAUUUAUAAUGAUGAAAAAUACCGCAACAUUGAGCUGGAUCAGAUAUUAGAAGUGGUGGAUAUCCUCUACGAGAAUAGAGAUAUUUUAAAGGAAGCUUAUAAAUUAUUUUGCUUGAUCGUAACAAUUCCCUCUACUAGUAUUUCGGUUGAACGAAGUUUUUCCUGUUUAAAAAGAACUAAAACCUAUCUACACAAUUCAAUGACAGAAGACAAUGUUACGAAUUUAGCAAAAAUUUCCAUCGAAAAAGAACUUUUGAAUGAACUUAUAAUUACCGAACCCUUUUAUGAUGACAUCAUUGAUAAAUUUGCAGCUUUACCAGAUAGAAGAAUGCAUCUUAUAUUUAAAAAGUAGAUAAACAUAUUUAAAAAGUAGAUAAACAUGAACAUGGAUUCCGUCAAUCGGCAAAUAUGCUUCACCUAUUCUCAAUGUCAGGAGCCGCCACUGAAUCCAUUUACCACACAAGUUAUUUACAAAAAUGUAAAUUAAUCUGCUCAAUAAUGUUCUCUCAAAAUAUUGGACUAGAAGCCUCGAGCCUGCACUGAAGUACCCAAAGGUGUCUACCUCCCUAAAAGUGAAACCUAACUAAUUAGGUACAAUUAUUGUAGAACACUUACAUACCUAGAGAAAGUUACCACAACCCAUGUGACCGAAGAAGCAGAUGUUGUACAAGAAGUUGAAUAUUCCGAAGAAGAACUGAACAC